AUGUCGACUACCAAGCCAUUGGGACCAUUCAAGCUCGUUACCGUCAACACAGCACCUGAGCGUGCUUACAGGUUGAUUGGCCGCGUUGUCGAGAACGUCAAGGACAAGUACACCAUCAUCCACGCUGGAAAUGCAGACACAUCCAUGUGGACACCAGAGGAGGCCAAGAGCAUCCAUGCCGAAGCCAAAGAGAUCAUGGGUCCGCAACUGAAGACUUUCGCUCUGCCUCAGGGACUCCAGGUUUCGAGAGGACCGGACGCUGUGGUCGAGUUCAUCGAGGAGAACUUGCCCGCUCUACUCGAGGGUUAG